GGCUCGUUUAACUGUUGUGUGUACCGUACACACAACACUUUCUCGGUCAAUCGAUGUGAAACUAAAACUAAAGGCGGUGGUUGCAUCUUCUUCAUCAAUCCCUCCGAAACCAAACCCCCACUUAACGGCGUCAAGUACCGCCGUCGGUUACAUGGACGGAAACACACCGAGGAUCCGACGGUCAUCUCGUUCUACUCAUGUGAACACUCUUGAUGAUGGUUGUUUGAUGCACAUCUUCAGCUUCUUAUCCCCAAUCCCAGAUCGGUAUAACACAGCCCUCGUUUGCCACAGAUGGCUGUUCUUGGCAUGUCACCCUCGCCUAUGGUUGAGAGUGGACCGCGCUGUCAAAAGCUUAACGGAAUCCGGGGUCUUUCCAAGUAUUGAAGAAGCUGUUUCUGCUGCAAGGCCAGGGGACACCAUAUUGAUUGGAGCAGGGGGAUUCCAUUUUGCUUCGAAUAUUCAAAUCAAUAAACCAUUGUGCUUGAUUGGAGGAGGUGAUGUUCCUGAUGAUACAACACUUGUAUGUUCCCGUGGAUCAGACAGCGCAUUGGAGUGUCUGUCGACUUGCAAAUUGGCGAACCUAACAGUAAAGGCGGAGCUGGGGUGCUGCUUGCUUCAUAGGAGCGGUAGACUGAUCAUCGAGGACUGCAAUCUGCAAUGUGAAUCGAACCCCUUAGACUAUCUCUCCUAUGCUAUUAUCACCACCGCUGGCGGCUGCGAGGCGGCAUUGUCAUCCGCUGCACAGAAGAAUGGUGACAGUGUGUGUGUUUCUCAAACUCGAAUCAAAGGUGGCGCGAAAGCAGUUUUGACUAGCGGAACACUUGCAUUGCAACGGGUACGUGCCAUAUAUGCACCGACGUCAAUAUUAUUCUGGUUUGAUGUUGUCCACCAGUUAUAGUGGUAUUGUUCAACCUAUUUUGUACCAUAUUUGUGAUGUAGACUGCCUUUUUUAUUUGUAAUGAUUAUUUAUUUAUCUUGUUUUACAAUGUAAUGUAACUAAGUAAUCAAAUGUGUGUUGGAAACA